AAAGUGUGAAACACGCACUCAAUAAAUCAACAUCUUGUUCAAAAUAAUUUAUCAAGUUGUAAAAAUAUUUUAACCCAAGUUAACUUUAUCUUUUUAUCUAAAAGUUAUUUUACUUUUUUUAAUUACAUUUAAUUUAUUUUCCAAGUAUAAAUUUAUGCAGUUAAUUACAGGAAAUUUUAUCAACUGAUUAAAAGGCAGGCUUACUAUCAGUCGGACUCUCACCAACAAUCGAUUAAAAAAAAUUCUUAUUCAUAAAAUAAAAAAAUUUUUUAUUUUUUUUUAUUUUUCAAAAAUGAGCAUAAUUUCGUCAUAGAAAUUUAAAUUUCCAAGUGACCCUAAGGUCCAGUGUUCGAACCCAGUGCUGGUAUUUUUCGCAAGAGGUCAUUAAGGCAUUGACUUUACCAGCGCGUAUGCAGCCAAGGUCAAGUAGAAAAAAAAUUUAAAUAAAUAAAUAGAAAAAAAUCAAAAUUUAUUACAGUGAGUGAAUUUACGAAUUCAAAAAUGUACAAUUAAAAUUUUCAAUUACUUUUUACACAGAAAAUUGAGUAUUGAAUGUCGAUAACAACUUUUUCACUUCACCCUUCUGCGCACUCGCGAAAUUCUGCUCCGCGACCGUCAGUCGAAACCGCGACGUUCGAAAGCUCAUUCUCCUGUCAGUUAUCAAACAAUUAAAUUAUUUUAAUCACCAUUAAAACAAUUACGGUCUACACAAAUUAAAAUAUAUAUCUUACCAAAUUAAUACCAAGUAAUUUAAUUACUUAAUUAUCAUCAUUAUUAUAAAUAUUAAAUAUUAAAUAUAAAAAUAAGUGAUGUCGAUAUUUGCUUGUUGCUUUCGUCGGGUGAGUUGACUAAUUAUUUUUCUAAACAAAAUAAAAGGGAAAAAUUAAAUAGAAAAUUUCAAAUUUUUUUUUUAAUUAUUUAAAAAUUAAUUUAUAUGAUUAAUUAUUAAUUAUAAUUUAUUAUUUUUAUUUAAGCAGAUUUAUUUAUUCAGUUGUGUUUAUUAUCAUAUAUAAAUAUAUCAAUACUGUAUUAUUACAACUUACUACUUACUACUUACUACUAAGUCAUAAAUAAUAACGUAGAACACGUUAAGCGUUUGUGGGUGAAUGGUUGCAUUUUCCACUCUUUAGACAAUUUCAUGCUCAACUAUCAAAGGCCCGUACGUCCUUGGUGUAAUUAAACAGUUUGGUUAUUAAUAGAUUAUCUGUAGUUUAUAGAAUCCUUCUCCAUAAGUAGCUUUUAUUUUUAACGCAAACUCAAUACCAAAAAAAAUGAUUAAAUUUUAAAUUUCAGAAGCAUUUACGAAUUGACGAUCCCAAGAUCCCGAUUAUAAUGGAGCCGCCAGAAAUAUCCUGGGAAAAUACUCUGGGAUCUCCGAAUGGAGUUCCUUUUGAUGACGAUACCAAAGAAUUGGUUAACAAUUGCCUGCAUGUUUGUAUGCCACCGCCAGUAACUCUGUCGACUUUAAUGAAGCGAAGUGAAAUAUUUCCGAUUCAAUUUCCAAUAAAGACAGUCAGGUGUUCGUUUUUAAAAGAAAGGGGAAUUAAACCUGACAUACUUGAGCUCAAUUCAAACUCGGCGUAUCCAAUAAUCCAUGAGGCCAUGCUUCCUUUGAUAGCUGGCUGGUUGAAAUACAAACGAGAACAUGGGACUGCUGUUGAGAAAUCAGUAUACAAAAAUAUGGGCCUGAUACAAUUUACCCAGAGACUGUUGGAGAAACGUGCGGUGGCAUUUUACGGCUCCGAUGACAGAUGGAAAUUGAUAGACAAAAAAACUGGCGAAGGCGGCUGGGAAUUUGUCGGCACUGAUCAAGAAAAGGAACCGCUUGUUUUGUCCAAAUGUCUGUCUUAUGACGAAAUAAAAUUGUCGGCUAUGAUGGUCGUGUCCUCGCACACUGAGUUCAUAAAUGACGGAGCUCGCGAAAACCGCGGAGUCGUCUGCAAUGAUCCGGACGGGUUCCAACCUCGGGGAGUUAUCAUGGGUGUGAUUGGGUCCAGGUUCGAGCGAUCGCGUCUUAUGGAGUUUCAGGAUAUCGUCAUCACUCCUUUGCAAAAUAAUAUGGACAAUGGUUACGGGCCUUCUGUGGACGGGGUGCCGGAAAUACGAGAACUGCGCACCCUCUGGUCGCGGUUCUACGGCGAAGACUAUCACCCACUUUACGAGCAAGCUGUGAGACGAAUUAGGUCCAGAGAAAACAAACGCUAUAUUUCUUUGACAAACCAGACAAUUUUUGACGUAGAAAAUUAUAUGAAGCGAACUUUACUGUCAGUCGAAAUAAUUCUACUGGAAGCUAACACUCGGGCUGAGAAACAAAAUACUACAGCAUUUCUCCACGUUGUUGGUUUUGGUCUAGGUGUCUGGAGAAUAAUGCAUGAUCAAGAAAUGUAUUUUUUGAAAACAUUCGAAAUAGCAUUGAAAAAAAUGAAUAGAAAAUUAAAAUAUGUAUCGGAUAUUAUGUUCGCUUAUUUUAGUCAACAAAAAUGUGGCGGUGCUGGUAAUGGUGAUUAUUUAGGAGAUAUUAAAAUACAUUUUGCAUUAAGAGAACCACACAGUAAACUAGUCCGUUCGACAGACGCAAACAAACUUCUGGUAGUAACAUACGCUUGGGACGGAAACGCAUUCCCAGGAAAUGAAUUUUGGAGCGGAUAUUUAGCAGCGAGUGGUGACCCAGCAGCCGCAUGUAGCAGCCAAAUAUCCGAACUGCACAAUCCCAUGAUAAACUCCCGUAUCUGCGGAACGAGUUUGCAUAUCGCGUCACCAGAACACGGUCUCUUGCACAUAUCGGACUACGUUAAACUUCACCUCGCUUAGGACAGGAUGGGCCCACUGGGCGCCGGUCAACGGAGACCAUCUCGUUCACCCCGCAGUCAACGAAGCCGCAGCGCAGAUGUCGAUCGUCU